CGACAACACAAGUCAGCAAAGGACUGCUGUCUGUUUCCUUGUAGCACUGCUUGCUUGCUUGCUUUCGCCAAACAAGAGAAGAACAACAUCUCACAGCACACAGCAGCACCAAACACAACAUCCCAUCACACCAAGAUGUGUGUGCGCCUUGUCGCGGCCUUCCGUGCCUGCAUGCUCCUCGUUGUUGCUGUGCUUGCCAGCCUUGCGCUGUUUGGUGCUGCUUCUGCGCAAACGCAAACGCAACCGCAAGCUGAGACCUCGGACGAGGAGCUGUGUGUGGACCACCUUCGGCGAAGCAUCGAGGACUUUGUGGAUGCCAUCACCACGUCUUCAUCUGGGGACGAGGGCGUCAUGCGAACGCGCAUCCAGGAGCAUGUGGACAAGUUCUACACAGAGGACCUUGCUGCAGAGUUUCCGUCGUUCAUGCCACGCACGCACGCCUCGAUGGUGGACGCGUACAGCCAGGUGAACACGCCGCCAGGGUGCGGCCUCAAGGUGACGUUUGAGGUGACGGACGUCAUGGCCGUCAACAACAGCGCCGUGGCCAGCAACAACCCGGAGGAGCGGCGCAUCAACUGCGUCAUGGCCAUGACGUUUGCCAUGGCCACGUACUCCACGGAGAAGCCCGGCCCGCCGUGCCUCUUCACCAUCCCCGAGCGCCUGAACGCCCGCCUCAACCCGCACCUCGACAAGAUGGAGGUGUUCAACCUGAACGUGGACGGCCCGCUCAUGGGCCAAAAGCUCGGCUCCUGCUUCAAGACGUGCUUCAGCGGUCAUGGGGGGCACGAUGAGCUGUGA